AUGAUUUUUGGGUGUAGACAGACACAAAAUUGUAUAUGUGAGAAAGCCAAAUGCAUUUUCAGUGAAGCAAAGAAAAACAAAUAUGAACGACCUUUAGGACUUACACAAGAACAUCAAAGAAUGAAUGGAAAACACUUUUAUUUAGAUUUUUGA